AUGGUCAAUCUUGGCUACUUUUUAUCUCUAUCAAAUUUUCCAUUUUCCUCUAGAAAAUAUACCCUCUAUUUCUCUGCUACUUACCGUGGGAAAAUACGCAAUACCUUCAACCAGGAGGGUCGUCUGCUUUUUUUUCUUUCUUUUUCUUUCUUUUUCUUUCUUUUUCUUUCUUUUUUAACAGUUUAUUUUUCUUUAAUAAUUACUAAAGAUGUCAACUUUCAUUCUUUUGAUAAUUGUUGGCUCCUUUUCUUUCGUUUUUUUUUUCUUUGUGAUUUCAGUAAUUAUUUCUUUCUUUCUUUCUAUUCUUCUUUCGUUAUUUAUUUCCUUCAUACUUUAGGUUUUUUUCUUUUCUUCCUAAAUAUUCAUUCCUUUUGUCAUUUUAUCCGUUUUUUAUUCAUCCAUUUUCUUCAUAUCCGUUCUAUCUUUUGCCUUUCGUUUUUAAUCAUUCAUUCGUUUUUACUUUAUUUUCUUUCAUUUUUCUUAUUUAAUUCGUUUUCUUUCUUUAUUUUUUUCCUUCUUUAA